ACGACAUCCCUAGCACUUGUGGCUGGACAAUACGUCAAAAAAUUUGCAGAAGUUGUCUUGAAGAAAACUAAUUGAACAAUUUGUUUAGGAAGUCAACCCAUUCUUUAAGAUGAGUACAAAAAUAGCAAAAGUUAAACUUUCCAAAGGCAUUCUGGAAAUGAAAUUUAUGUCUAGAACCAGGGAAAAAAUCGAGAAAGAAAAUGAUGAUGCAGAAGGAAGAGCGUUGUAUUCCAAUGAAAUAACUGACAAAAUGUUACACGGUUCUUCUAAAUACAUAAUUGAAACAAGCUACGUCCCGUGUGAAGAUCUUAUCGAAGGCCGAGUGAGUUACGGCGGGAUGAAUCCGGAAAUUGAACGUAUAAUCGAGCUAGAGAAGAACAAAGACCUAGCGGCAUUGAUAGAGAAGGAGCGUGCCGAAGCGGCUGAGCGACAAAAAAUGCGUAGAGAUGUUCCAGAUGAGGAAAUGGCCAAGUUCUAUACCAGUGUGGUAAAGACUGUCAAGAAAAAAUUCGAUAAAAGGCAAAGCAUCCUUCCCCUUAAUAUCAGACGAAUGGAGCGUCCAAAGGAUGACUGACAGUUAAUUAAAUAUUGGUGGCUUUAGAUAGUGAUUAUUUACAUUUAAGCAAUUACAAAUUCAAUGCUCGAAACAACUUAUGCUUGUAUUAAGAAUCUUCUAUUAUUUUAACUGCUUGUAGGGCAUAAUUUAUUUCAGUGUUAGCAGUCCAACACCAACUAUUCUGCCAGAACUUGUAUCCCAUCCCAUGAACUAGAACGGUGCUACAGUUGAAUGUUUUCAAAAUCCGUUGUAAAUCCAAAGGCGAAAUAAAUUUGUCCCAGUCA